AAGACACAUGUGGAGAGGUUUCUUAACAAAGUUGUGGGAAUGAUUGUCCUCACAAUGCUGACUAUUGCUCUACUCUUGGCUGUGGGAUGUGCACUCUUUGAGCAGUGGGUUUCUCCAAAUAAUGAAGUUCUCUCAGCCAUUGGUGGCAAUUUCCAAGCUGCUUACUGGGGCUUUCUGACCUUCUGGGGCUAUAUUGUCCUGCUAAGCCCGGCAAUGCCCAUCUCCCUCUACAUCACGUUUGAGCUGAUCCAUGUGGUGCAGUGCAUCCUGAUUGGUUGGGACAUUAUGAUGUACUGGGAGAAAAGCGACAAACCUGCCCAGGCCCAAAAUAAGGCUUUGACAGAAGAACUGGGCCAGGUGGGCCACCUGCUCACUGAUAAGACGGGUACACUGACACAGAACUGCCUCCUGUUUCGCCAGUGCUGCAUAGCAGGACAAAUUUAUGGUGAUUUAACAGCAAAUUCAAAGCCAUUAGACCUGAGCUGGAACUGCUUUUCAUGUGGUGGGCUGCCUUUCUCUGACCAGCGACUGGUAGAUCGUUUGCGAGGACAGAGCUGCCCUGAGAGCAGAGAAUUCUUUACUGCACUGGCACUGUGUCACACUGUCAUGAGUGAAUGGAGAGAUGGGUUUCCUCAUUACCAGGCAGCAUCUCCAGAUGAACAAGCUCUCGUGUGCGCGGCUCGAGAGCUGGGCUGGGUGUUCCUGUCUCGUACACGCGAUUCCCUCGUGGUGAGCGAGCUGGGAAUCACACGUCAGUACCACUUAUUGGCCCUGCUGGAAUUCACCAGCAAGAGGAGGUGCAUGUCAGUGCUAGUGAGAACACCAGAUGGAACAAUUAAACUCUACUGUAAAGGUGCAGAUGUAGUGAUUAUGGCACGUUCUCAAAAAGGGGGUCUGCAUGAAAAUAGCACAAAGCAGGCCCUUGAGUUUUUUUCGCAGGGCUGCCUUCGGACAUUUUGUGUGGCUGUGCGCUCCAUAGGUGAGGCUCAAUGGGUGGAGUGGAGCCAAGUUCUCCGGCAGGUUGCCACAGCAACCAAUGCCCAAGAGACUAUGCUGCAGGUGCUGCAUGACCAAAUGGAAAGGGAACUGACGAUUCUGGGGGUGGCUGCUAUCGAAGAUCGUCUACAGGAAGGUGUCCCAGAAACCAUUGUCAGCCUCCAACGUGCAGGGCUGAAAGUCUGGGUGCUAACUGGAGAUAAGACUGAAACAGCUGUAAAUGUGGGUUAUGCCUGCAAGUUGAUGGAUCCGGAUACAAAAUUGAUUCAAAACGAGGAGCUCAGGUUUGUGUCUUUGAGCAACCAGUGCCAGUCAGUGCUGUGUUGCCGUGUGACCCCAGGCCAGAAAGCUCAAAUAGUAGAGCUGGUGAAGAAGUUCACUUCCUCUAUCACAAUGGCAAUUGGAGAUGGUGCCAAUGAUGUAAAUAUGAUUAAGAUGGCCCAUAUAGGGGUUGGUGUACAUGGUGUAGAAGAUGGUCAGGCUGUACAGAAUGCCGACUUUGCACUGGCGCAGUUUCGCUUCCUGAGCAGACUGCUUCUGGUCCACGGCCAAUGGUCUUACCACCGCGUUUGCAGUUUUUUGAGUUACUUCCUGUAUAAAACCACUUCCUUUGCUCUGGUGAACAUCUGGUUCAGCUUGUACAAUGGCUUCAGUGCCCAGCUUAUGUAUGAGAGCUGGUUUAUUUCCCUCUACUCCAUUUUGUACACAUCACUGCCUGUUCAGUGUUUGGGUUUAUUUGACCAGAACAUGAGUGCCGAGAGCUGUCUUCAUUGGCCAGAGCUUUACAAAGCUGGACAGAGAAAGGAGCUUUUCAACCUCCUUACCGUAUGCACGACACUACUCAACUCUAUCUACACCUCCAUCAUUCUCUUUUUCAUGCCUUUUGGAGUAUUUCAAGACUCGGACCUGGACUAUCAGACUUUGUCCAUCACUGUGGAAAUGUCAGCUGUGUUUUCAGUUACAACUGAGAUCAUUCUACAUACUAAAUACUGGACCAAGUACAAUGUCGCUGCAGUGUGUCUCAGUCUGGGUCUGUUUUUCCUGUCCACCAUUAUCCUCCAUAGCCCACGGCCGUUUACAUCUUCACCCAAAGACUUCAGUUUCUUUGGAACUUCAUUAAAUGCCUUCACCAAUCCUAUUGUAUGGUUGGCAUCAUUUCUAACCUGCUGCACUGCCGUCUUACCCUCGAUUACAAGACGAGCGCUAAAAGUGAUCCUGGAAAACCCCAGCAAACACAAGGUCCAUUCAGUAAAAGAACCAGUUGAGCUACAGUCAUGGGUCAGUAAAGAUUCUCCUCAUUAUUUGCACUAAAGUCUUCAAGCACUACGGAGCCCCACUGGAUGUAUCUUUUGAGCCUGUUUUUCCUCAUAUGAAGAAAUUUAUAUGUUUUUUUCCUCAUAUUGGCUCAGGGAGGGUUUUUUUUCCAUUGAUGCCAUUGACUUGCAUAUUAAGGGUAAACUUAUAGGGACAAAUUUAUACAUUAAAAAUUUAUAUUCGUAAUCUAUUUUAGAUGCUUCAGGACAAUAUCUGUCUUUUUGAUGAGCCAUUAGGGGGUGUAAAUGCAAUUAUCAGUAUCUGUUCGAAAAAGUA